AUGGCAUUAAAUCUUUGUUUGACUUUUCGUAUGUCACAGAGUCUGUUCCGAUCUUCACGCGGUGGAUAUGGAAAGAUUUUCUAUUCCAUCUGGGUUAUUUCGGAGCCUGUGGGAACGCGAUGCAGGGACAAGGGCCUUCUCAAGAAAACAAAUUAUAACUUGUCUCCGUUUAUCGAGAGGAGUGUGAAUACAACAAAACGACUGAAUAAGAAAGAGAAGGCUCUCGCCCUUUUCGGUUUCUAUAACCCUGCAGUGGAUAACCUCGAGGUGAUGUUCCGUUACGGUAACAAAAUGCUUCAGAGAAUGCAUAUUGCAACACUAUGUAGAGACAAUGUGGUAGGUCCUGAAGUCAUUAAUGCUUGGGGAAUGUAUUUGAAUAGCAAUGAGGAGUUCAAGGCAGAUACAUUGCCAACAAGAUUCUUUGCUUCAGUCGAAAUUUGCUCGGAAUCGAUUCUGCAGCCGCCAAGUAGUUGGACCUUCAAAAGACGCCGAGAUAUAUUUGUUAGACUUCUAUCAGAUGAACUAACCACGCCGCAGCUGUUAUUUGUAACAACCAUAGAUUUGUUCUUUUUCCCUGUUUUUAGAGUGAUGAAUUUUUUCCUGGUGUGCGUCGACCUAAAAAAAGAGAAGGUGUACGUCUUAGACAGCAGGAAUGAGGCGCAAGUGCAUUGCCGAACUGAAAAAUAUAUGUCUGCAGUUGAUGACGUGAAGCAAAUGCUUGGAGACUACUUUGGCUCUAUGGGUCAUGUGCACAAGAGCACCAUUGUGAAACGCGCAAGGAUAAUGAUACCACCGUUGAAAUGGGGGGACUCAAAUAACAUAAAUGACUCGGGCGUAUAUAUGAUGCGACACAUGGAGACAUUUAUGGGUGAGUCCCCAGCCUUAUGGGGUUGCUCCCUGGCACCGAAACUAAAGAAACAACUUAACCUCUUGCGUGUGAGGUAUUGUGCAGCCCUUCUUGGUUGGGAAAAAAAUAGUGUUAAAGAUGCGAUUGCAGUGGGAGCGAAUGCGUACUAUGACGAGGUCUUUAAAAACCCCGCUAUAAAUAUUGAUGCUACUUUGUUAGGUUGAAGCUUAUUUAAUGGUUUAGGGUUGGUUGAUAUUUUCUGGAACAUUUUCUUUGAUCUAUACGUUAGACAUUAUUUUUGUAGA